CGUUUGGCGUUUGGACGUGGUACACGCGUAAUCGCAUAAAUGUCGCGUCUACUUACUGCCUAAAUACAACAAAAACCUGUUGCCAAUCCAAUGAUGGCCCACGACAUAAGCAUACAACUUGCAGUUUAUAACAUUUGAGACUUGAUUCAAAGUUGGGCCAACAAGUUGUGGGCUGAACACAAGACGAGGCAAACAGAAUCAAAGAAGCAAAACCCAACUUGAGUGGGAAUCAAGUUGCAACUUUCGCGUUUCAGUGAAAAACAAAUCAACAAAGGAACUAACUUUAAGUUUAAGCACAAGCCAACACAAGUAAUCUAACCAAUCAAGAAACGAAACUAAGCGAAACGAACUUAAAAAGUUAGACAUUUAAUUUAUACACAUAUUAGAAAUAUAUUCAACAAAUUAAAACCAAUGCAAAUGAAGCAACAACAACAACUACAGCAGCAGCAGCAACAAUUGAGCAGUAAAUCAAUGUGCAACAGACGAAAGCAUAAAAAGCUCAAAGCGACAACAUUAAGUAGUACACACUAGAAAAAUAAAGAGCAGCAACAACACGAAUUAAGCAUUGAGUAUGCAACAAGCUGGUCAACUAACACAACAACAACUACAGCUACAGCAGCAGCAGCAACAGCUACAACAACAGCAACAGCAACUCCAGCAGCAGCAGCAGCUACCACAGCAACAACAGCUGCUACAAAAUGGCGGCGACAUGGCCGCCUACGCUGCCGCCGCUGGCAUCAAGCGUGCACCGAUGAGCGGCGGCCGCUUUGAUUUCGAAGACGGCGGCACCUACUGCGGCGGCUGGGAUGAGGGCAAAGCGCACGGGCAUGGCGUCUGCACGGGACCCAAGCACCAAGGCGCCUAUGCGGGCGCCUGGAAUUAUGGCUUUGAAGUGUCUGGAUCGUACAUAUGGCCGAGUGGCUCACAUUAUGAGGGUCAAUGGCAGAAUGGACGAAGACAUGGGUUGGGCGUAGAACAAAUUGGUCGGCAGAUCUAUCGCGGUGAAUGGUCCAAGGAUGGUCACAAGGGACGCUAUGGCGUUAGGGAGAGCACCGUUUCGACGGCCAAAUAUGAGGGCACUUGGAACGAGGGCUACCAGGAUGGAUCCGGUUGUGAAACCUAUGCGGAUGGCGGCAAGUAUCAGGGCCAGUGGCAGGAGGGCAAGCGUCAUGGCUAUGGCAUACGCACCUCGGCACCCUUUGGCCUCGCGUCGCAUCAUCGACGCAAGAAUUUGCACGCCUCGUUGAGUUCCCUGCGCAGCGCUGAGAACGGUAAUGCCGCCAAGGUGACCGAGAAGACGGAGGAGAUACGCGGUGGCUUCGUCCUCACCGCCAAGUCGGACAAGUUGCCGGUGCGGCGCAACAGCCUCACGGAGAAAACCAAAAAAGGAUUUCUCAUGGGUCUGAAAAUGCGUAAACAACGCAGCACUGGUGACUUGGAGAAGCGCGGCACAAUUGCUUCGGGCAGCAUACGAUCCACAAUGUCCUCAGCCUCUUGGAUUAGCACUGGCUCCGAGCAGUCCAACUUGACCACAAAAUCUGCGCAUACAGAAUCCAAUGCCAGUUUUACCAUGGAGGACGAGCAGCUGGAUCCGACGGUGGUGGAAACUUACAUGGGCGAAUGGAAGAAGGACAAACGCUGUGGUCACGGCGUAGCCGAACGCAGCGAUGGCCUAAAAUAUGAGGGCGAGUGGUAUAACAAUCGCAAGCAUGGCUAUGGUGUGACCACCUUUCGCGAUGGCACCGUCGAGGAGGGCAAAUAUAAGAACAACAUAUUGAUCACCAGCCAGAAGAAGAAGCAUUUGUUCCUGGCGCGUUCGCGCAAAUUCCGUGACCGCAUCACGGCCGCCGUAAAUUCCGCGCAGCGUGCACUCAAAAUGGCCAUGCAGCGCUCGGAUAUGGCCAUCUCGCGCAUGGCCACCGCUGCAGCCAAAGCACAGAAUGCCGAUGUUGCCGCCGAGCAGGCGCGCAUCGAUUGCGAGAAUGCGGUGCGUAUGGCGCGUGAGUUUGCGCCCGAUUUCAAGCCCUCGGUGCUGGAGCGAUUCGAGAAGCUGCGUUUUCGCGAGCGUGAACGCUACCGCGGCGGCACGGGUCAGUCCAAUAUGGACUUGAGUAUGGGCAUGACGGGCAUGAAGCCAACAAACACCAGCAACAACAGCCGCAAGCAGCAGCAGCAAUUCUCACCGGCGAGCAGCAGUGGUGGUGGCGCUGGCAGUGGGUCCAGUGGGGAUGCGUAUGCCACGCAGGCACAACGACAGCAGCAAUAUUUGAAUAUGCAGCAGCAACAGCAACAGCAGCGUCGCAUGUCGCAGCAGCAGCAACAGGAGUCAGAGUGUCCAGUGCCCUCGUCCAUGUACUCGCAGCAGUUGCCGGUGUCGCCGCAGACAGAUCUGUCCGGAAUGAUAAGUCAUGGACAGCCCAGUCAUGCGCAGGUUGUUAGCGCCAUCAAUCAGAUGUAUCAUCAGCAGCAGCAUCAGCAGCAGCAACAGCAACAACAAACGCAGCAGCAGCAGCAACAGAGCAAUCCACAAAUGAAUCCUGCAUAUCAGUUCCAGCAACAACAGCCGCCCGGCAUGGGCAACAAGCCGAAUCAGCAGCUGUCCUUUGGCGGCGGCACGUCAAAUCUGGCGCCUAGCAACAGUAGCAACAUUUCGCCACAGCAGCAACAUCAGCAAUUGCUGCAGCAACAGCAACAACAGCAGCAGCAACAAAGACUCUACCAGCAGCAGCAGCAGCAGCAACAACAACAACAACUGCUGCAGCAGCAACAGCAACCCUCUUUGAAUGCCUCGCCUAGUCACAAUGCGUCCAACCUAAUGCGUCGCGCCUCCCAACAGCAACAACAUCAACAAUUAGCGGAUGCUGCCAAUGCUGCUGCAAUGGCUGCAACACAGCAGCAGCAGCGCGGCCAGCGUCCACCCAUGCUGGGCCAGAUGGGCCAGCAAUCGUCCAUCGAUCACUUCGAUCACUACAAGCGACCGCCCAGUCGCGAUUCCUCCAUCGAUCGCUAUGCUCGCGCCACCAGCCGCAUGAGCGGCGCCUUUGCCGGCUCACGUCAAACCUCACUGGAUCGCUCUGGACUAGCGGAAGGCAUGACCAAUGGCGGUGGCGGCGCCAGCACUCCAGAUGGACGCCCACGUGCUGGCUCAGUAUUUCGCGGCACAACGCCGGUGCCGGCGGGUGCGACUGCCACGACUGCCAACUCAACACUGACCGGGAAUGGUUCGCUGCCAUCCGGAGCAGGCGGACGUUUGUCGCGCGCCGGCACGCCCAGUUUGGGAAGCGCUGGACGUGCGCCAAGCCAGAGCACUGCGGAGCCGCUUUACUCGUCGCCCAAUCAACCGUUCGAGGAUGUGCUGCUCCGCCAGCGUACGCUCGGUCAGGAUAUCAUUCCCUCGCCCUCGCAACCCAAACGCACGGAGAGCUUGUACUUGCCAGCCAAGCCAGCGACACCCGUGGGCAUGGCCAUGGGCGGCAAAGGAGGCGGCGGCGGCGGCAAUGGCGGCAAGAAAAUGAAGACGGUGCCCAUCAAUGUGACGCUGCAGCGCAAGAAGUCCAUGCCGGACUUUCAGGAGCUGCCGCGUGCCACAGAGGCCAUGAGUCGUGAGGAGGUGUCUGCCUUGGGCUCGGCACGCCGUGAGGCUGUGCGUCGUCAAAUCGAAGUCAACGAACGUCUUAAAGCGAAUCCUUUACUCUACUUGGUUAGUCCUCAAGUGAGGGAUUGGUUUGUGCGCCAACAGCUAAUGCUACUGGUCGUUUUUGUCAAUGUGCUGUUGGCGCUAUUGUUUGUUAAAAUGCUUACCUAGCGCCGAAUUCACAGGACCACACGGAGAUCAACAACGGCUACAGUUUUCAGUCACUGCAAGUGGCUAAAAUUUGAGGGUGUGUGGUUUGAAUUUGUUAUUGUUUUGUGGGGCUAAAGCUAACAAGUGUUUAAUUUAGCAUUUGCAGUAAAACAGAUUUAGCAUGAAUACUAUAUAUAUCUAAAAUACCAUAUUCAUAUAUGAUAUAUCAAUAUGUAUGUAAAAAGAAAUCGAAUUCAACACUAGACUGCAGCAAAAGAGAAAGUAAAACAAUUUAUAAUUUAAAACAAACGCAAUAACUGCAAUGCACAAAAUCGUAGUAAAUAACAUCUAAAUAAUUUGGUAAAUUUGCUGGCCAUUAAGUAAUUUAUUAUUGUGGCUAAAAAUUAAAUGAAUAGAAUUCAAUACUUACUACAUAACUUACUUAUGUAUAUGCAAAUCAAUUUAACGAAUUUUUCUACACAAGCUAAUGUAAAAGUACACAACAUUAAACUUAAA